AAAAAGUACCUAUAUUUGGCAUGAAAGCAUUACAUAAUAUGAGCCUGAAGAAAAAGCACUGGAGAAGUUAUUCUCACACUGUGAUCUUCUGCCUUGUUUUUAAUAGAUUUUUACCUCAGCCUUUGCGUCGGCAGAUGGAAGUUUUAGUCCCAAAAUACAGUGGUUCCUUGGUUCUCAAACUUAAUCCAUUCCGGAAAUCUGUUCCAAAACUAAAGUGUUCCAAAACCAAGGCACGCUUUCCCAUAGAAAGUAAUGCAAAAUGGAUUAAUCUGUUCCAGACAUUUAAAAACAACCCCUAAAACAGCAAUUAAACAUGAAUUUUGCUAUCUAACAAGACCAGUGAUCCAUGAAAUGAAAGCAGUAAACAAUGCAAAAUAAAUAGCAAAAACAGACAGACCUCAGCGUAACACUCAAAACGGAACUGUGGCACUCAAAACGGAAGUGUAACACUCAAAAAGGAGCACGAUCGGCUUCCAAAAAAAAGUUCUCAAGCAUUCGGGUUUGCAGUGUUUGAGUUCCAAGUUUUUUGAGUACCAAGGCAUUUGAGAACCAAGAUACCACUGUAUAUUGAGGGCACCAGGUUGGUGAAGGCAGUUUAACAGCGAUGUAGCAGAAAUUAAGUAUAGUUAAAGAACAAAUUAGAUCUUUCUCUUGUAAAUAAAACAAGCCUUAUCAUGCACAGUUGAAAGAAAAAGAGUUUGUCAACAAAAUAAAUAUGAAAAACUUUCCUGCCUGCCAUUUUUGCUUCCUGUUUCUCCAAACCAAACUAGAUACUUUACCUGCUACAUGUGCUCCAUGCAAUUUCCUUUCCUGGGAAACAGUCAUCUCCCUUCCUUGGACAGUUCUGUUUUUAAUAUAUAAUUUCAGGCUGCUUUCAAAGACCAAGUCCUGGAUUCCACUUGCAUGGCCUCUUCUCUUCUAACUGCACUGCGCAGCUUCUGCUUAAUGGGCACAUAAGAGUGGAACCAUUUGUGAGGUCUUUGGCUUUAAGGGAGGGGAGCGUAAACACCUGGGAAGCAAAUACAUAAUCCUGCAAAUUGCUUUACAGGCAGAACCUCAGUUUACCACUUGUGGGCUUCCCAGGGUCAUCCUGCAAAGAGAGGAUCCUGCAAGCUCCCCUUAUGUUCUUAUGUGUACCAGUCCUGCAGACAUAGCUGCCAAGUUUUCCCUUUUCUCGCGAGGAAGCCUAUUCAGCAUAAGGGAAAAUCCCUGUAAAAAAGGGAUAACUUGGCAGCUAUGCCUGCAGAUUUCAGUUGAACUCAGUUCUAGUAGAAUUUGGGGUGGACUGCUGCUCUCGGUUUAGCAUGCUUAGGUCUAUUGACCAGAAUGCAAAGAAUGGUUAAAGCAAAGCACCCGUGUUUCAUUACUGGCGAGUAAUCCGUCUCCCCUUUGCCCUUGCCAAAUAGCCAUUGCCUUGCUUGAGGGAAAUGAGGAAAGAUGCCCCAGAGGCUAUCAUGCAGCAACAGCAGAGAGGCCCAUUUAGGAUGUAACACUAAACUAUGGUUUAGCAUUUAGGAUGUAACACUAAACUAUGGUGGCUAACCUGCGGCACUCUGGAUGUUGUCAGGCAGCAGUUUGCAUCCGCCCCAGCAAGCACGACCAGCAGUCGGGUGGAGUCCAGCAGUUCUGGGCAAUGUUAGCUUUCCAACAAAGUAAUGUAUCACCAGCCAAACAUUGCAAUAUAGUGAUACAUUGCGAUGUUGAAAAGCAGAGGGAGAAACAAGCUGCAUCGGGCUGGCCCCACGAGGCACCAGUGUGAAACCGCCUCAGUUCCCUCUCGGGGAGUGGUGCCAGUUUCAUCCUGGCACCUUGCAGGCCCAGGCCCAAUUCAACUCAUUCCUCCAGGUGCGGCAGUGGAGCCAGUCCCUCCGCCACCAGCACCCAGCAUGCUGAGGGAGGGACAAGCUCCAUCAUUUCUGGCACCUACUGACCCAUUCUUCCCUCAGUUUGAGGGCCAGAGCACAAUGGCAGGAGCGGUGGUGGUGGUUUCACCUGCAAGAAGCCGCCAUUGCUCUCUGGCCCUCAAACCAGUCCUGGACAAUGUCUCAAUACAUGGCCCAGGCCUAGGGUCCAGCAACAUCUGAAGGUCCACAGGUUAGUCAUCCCUGGUUUAGCAUUGUAUGCAUGAGCAACAGCAAACCACAUGCCCAUGCACUCGCCCCUCCUUUGGCACAGCCAGAGGUGUGGGGUGGAGGGUUGGAAGCUUUAACACUUGCUUUUAAACUAACCACUUUGUUUAUGCCUGAACGCAGUAGAACUGUGGUUUGAGUGUUUGAACAAACCAGAGUUCAAGUUAACCAGAGUUCUCUGAGUUUGGAUGUAACAAGAAACACUGGUUAGUGUGGGAGCAGAAGCUAAAGCUUCUACUUUCCCUGUGGUUAUGCCAGCAAAGCGGGAGUGGAGGACUAUAUGAGCGUGAAGCCCACAGAAGCACGUGCGCAUAGUGUUUACACAUGUUUUUAAUUUACUUCCAAACUGGUCCUGUGAGCUUGGUAAUACCUGGUCCCUACUUCUCUGUUGACCCGUUGUGUUGAAGUUUAUUUGGUGGACUGUGUGUGCUGCAGAGACAUCUGGGUCCAUUCUGAUCUCUACGUCAAGGUACUUCUGUUUUUUUCCCCCCUUUUCUCUUUUUGAAUGCACAUGUGCAGCUGAUAUUUUCUGAGUAAAUAAAAUAUAAUUGGGACAAGAUAUAGCUCCUUUGUUCUUUUUUUUAGGAGCCAACAUUAAUUUUGCAUUAAAGAAGCUAACAAAAUGACACCAACAAGGAUAUGAAAUUUAAAGAUGAAUUUGAAACUGCAUGCGUAACUGAAUUAAUAGCAUUGCACCCUAUAAUUGCUGCAGAUCAGGCAUGAAUAGAGGUUGUCAAAAGUUCAACCAAGUUUUUCAGAUAUUAGUAAUAACCCCAGCACAUACAAGAUGUUUUACUGAAUGAUUUAAUAUCUUGGAUAUUUCUUAGUAAAAUACAUGAUCAUUCUGCAGAGAGAAAUACCAGGAGGUUUUGUUUUGCAUCUAGAAAGGUUGUUCAUUAUCAUAAUAUUUGUCUGAAUGUGUCCUUUUAUCUGCAUAUUUCUUUUUAAAGAUAGGGUUAUGUAUUUUGAUGUUUUAUUUUUAAAAAUGUUACUUUCUCUUUAAGCUCCUACUACAGAGUCAAAUAUUGUCUUAUGUGCUUCAUCAGAAAAAUGACUGCAUGGAGAACAGGGCUAUUGAUCUAUCUUUCUGCAUUCCCUUUUCUCUUUAAUGAGGACUAGAAUGUUUCCACAUCAGUUAACUGCCUCCAUAAAGCACCAGAAGGUCACACCAGCAUCACACUCAUCUUUUUUUCUUUGUGCCUAUAAUAUAAUUGGCUGAUUGUGUUGGUGAUGAGUGAGCUCGCCCCCCCCCCCCAUUCCCCCAGAGCAGCCUUGGCUACAUGUUAUUAAACCUCAUUGCUCGUUCCCUGAGGAGAAACAGCUCUGCUGCGCUGUUCGCUAGCAAAGCCAGUGCCAUUGCGCAGGUUGAAACGGCAGAAACAGCAUCCAUUUUAAUCUGCGGGAAGCCUCUCGGUUUACAAGGGCGUUCUUUUCUCCUUCAGAUGCUGUAAAAAUUAACUGUGCAGCUUCUGUAAACAUUCUUGGCUCUCGGUGUCUGGUUUCUGUAUGAUGCACUGAGAUGGUACACCAGGAAAACUGUUCGUAUCAGGCUCAAAAAAAUGAGAGGGAGUCUAUCAGGCAAAAACUGGCGCUUGGAAGUUUCUUUGAUGAUGGCCCAGGAAUUUAUACCAGCUGUAGUAAAAGUGGAAAGCCAAGCCUUUCUUCUCGGUUACAAAGUGGGAUGAAUUUACAGAUUUGUUUUGUAAAUGACAGCGGAAGUGACAAAGACAGUGAUGCCGAUGACAGCAAGACCGAAACAAGCCUGGAUACGCCUUUGUCUCCCAUGAGCAAGCAGAGCUCUUCCUAUUCUGACAGAGACACUACUGAAGAGGAAUCUGAAUCCCUAGAUGACAUGGAUUUUCUCUCAAGGCAAAAGAAACUUCAAGCUGAAGCCAAAAUGGCCUUAGCAAUGGCAAAACCAAUGGCCAAAAUGCAAGUAGAGGUGGAAAAGCAAAACAGGAAAAAAUCUCCCGUAGCUGACCUUCUGCCACAUAUGCCUCAUAUAAGUGAAUGCUUGAUGAAAAGAAGCUUAAAGCCCACAGACCUGAGAGAUAUGACGAUUGGGCAGCUACAGGUGAUAGUCAAUGAUCUACAUUCACAGAUAGAAAGCUUGAAUGAAGAAUUGGUGCAACUGCUGCUGAUUCGGGAUGAAUUGCACACAGAACAGGAUGCUAUGCUGGUAGACAUUGAGGAUUUGACCAGUGCGGCCCCCUAUCAGUACCAUGGUAAUUUAGCACCAUUGCUGCCGAUAAGACACGCUGAAAGUCAGCAGAAGCACAUGGCAGAAAAGAUGCCAGCAAAAUAAAACCGGAAGCCAUCAGACUGAAGAAACAAACUAAAACGUUUUGCUUCUGUGGUUGUACCAACGCUGAUGCUCCACGGGUGGCACACAAGAAAAAUCAGUGUUAGUCAUUGAUUCCGGGCGCAAUGUGCCAAGCACCAGGAAAACCCCGCACGAACCCUUCCUUGAAACUAAUGGUGGAUGCACAGCGACUGUGCUUGGCGAAUUUUUCCCAAUGUCUGAAGCUUUAUGUCCAGUGGUUGGCCUAUGCCUUUUAAUUUAUUUGCUGUUGGGUUUAUUUUAUUUUUUACUUGUGCCACUAAAUAUCGGACAGUUCAAUAAUCUUAUUGUAGAACAAAAUGUACAGUACUUAUAAACAUUGCAAACAUGAAGAGGGAAAAAGAAGAGAGAGGGUAGUUUUAACUUUUAUUUUUGUUUAUUUAGAGAGACCUUUAAGUUAAAGCAGUAUUUUACCAUCAGCUACUUUUUAUUGUUUUUCAGCGUAGUUUUAAACAAAUGAGACUGUAAUUUUGAUGGUGCUAUACAAGUGAGAGAGAAAAUAUACAUGCCUGCCUCGUAGUGAAGUCGUAGCUUUCAGUAAUAUGUAUAUUUUAAUCAGUUUUCAACAUUUUGUGAAUGUUGACUACCUGACAUUCAUUUUUAGAUGUGCUAUUAACAUGCAGUUGAGUUGAAAGAGUUACCUUGAAAGUUUUAUGUAUAAAUAUGUAAAAUAAAAAUUAAAAAUUUCUUUCAUA